CUGCCACCGCAGGAAGGUCCUGGCCGGGGGAUGGCACACGCAACCCAGCUGUACCAGCCGGUGCCGGAGACACGCUGGCCCAUUGUGUACUCGCCGCGAUAUAAUAUCACCUUCAUGGGCCUGGAGAAGCUGCACCCCUUCGAUGCGGGAAAAUGGGGCAAAGUGAUCAAUUUCCUCAAAGAGGAGAAGCUUCUGUCGGACGGCAUGCUGGUGGAGGCACGGGAGGCCUCCGAGGAGGACUUGCUGCUGGUGCACACGAGGCGCUACCUCAAUGAGCUGAAGUGGUCCUUCGCCGUGGCGACCAUCACAGAGAUCCCCCCUGUCAUCUUCCUCCCCAACUUCCUGGUGCAAAGAAAGGUGCUGAGGCCCCUGAGGACCCAGACGGGAGGAACCAUCAUGGCAGGGAAGCUGGCCGUGGACCGAGGUUGGGCCAUCAACGUGGGAGGUGGCUUCCACCACUGCUCCAGCGACCGGGGCGGGGGCUUCUGUGCCUAUGCAGACAUUACACUUGCUAUCAAGUUUCUGUUUGAGCGGGUGGAGGGCAUCUCCAAGGCCACCAUCAUUGAUCUGGAUGCCCAUCAGGGCAAUGGGCAUGAGCGGGAUUUCCUGGGGGACAAGCGUGUGUACAUCAUGGAUGUCUACAACCGCCACAUCUACCCCGGGGACCACUUCGCCAAGCAGGCCAUCCGGCGGAAGGUGGAGCUGGAGUGGGGCACCGAGGAUGAGGAGUAUCUGCAAAAGGUGGAGAGGAACAUCCAGAAAGCCCUCCGGGAGCACCCGGCCGACGUGGUCGUGUAUAACGCGGGCACCGAUGUCCUGGAGGGAGACCGCCUCGGGGGGCUGUCCAUUAGCCCAGAGGGCAUCGUGAAACGUGACGAGCUGGUGUUCCGCAUGGUGCGCGGCCACCAGGUGCCCAUCCUCAUGGUGACGUCAGGCGGGUACCAGAAGCACACGGCCCGCAUCAUCGCCGACUCCAUCCUCAAUCUGCGUGGUUUGGGGCUCAUCGGGCACGAGUCCCCCAGCAUCUCCACCCAGAGCUCGGACACGCCUCUGCUGCCCCUGGAAGUACCCUGAUCUCCGAUGUUCUCCCUGCCUGCUUUGAGCCCAGCCCACCUGCCCACCCACAUGCCCACCUAGUGCUUUCUGUUUCCUGGCCCGAGGGCAGCGCAGGGCAGCUGUUGUGUAGUCUCCUGAGAGCCUGGAGAGCAGGGGCCUGCGGUGGCCAGGCCAGCAGCCCCUCCACUCUCCCUACAGCAGCUGUAAGGGUCUCCAGGUCCCUCUGUGGGCAAAGCCUGAGUCCCAAGGAAGAACCCCUGCCUAGGUGCCCAGGAGGGGAGCAUGUAGUCAUCUGAGAGAGGAGAGAGGAUGGGCCAGGCCCUGGGAAGCUACAGGGAGCCCUCAGGGUGAAGUAUUCUGGAUUUCCAGAGAGGUGGACACAGAUCAGAGAGAAGGGGCUUCUAUCCCAGCAGUGUUCGGCCUCGACUCCUGCCCUUUAAUCCAUGGGACUUGCGUCUCUGCUCCCAGCCUUAGCCAGGGUGCAAGGAGCAGAGGAGUCCAGGGAGGGGGCCUGGGAGCAGGGUGCUGAGCCAGGCUCGGUGGGGGAGGCAGAUUCUCCCAUCACUUGGCCUUGGAUUCAAGGGCUGUAGGGAAUGGGUUGCUGGUGGCUUCCUCUAUCUGGAACUCCCCUCAAUAAACCAAGGGCCAUACCUGUUCUCUGAGAACCCCUCCAUGUGACUGAGGGACUGGGGAGGCCUGGAAGCCCCUAACCCCUGCUUCUGCAGUGGCUUCAUCUGUUCAGGGUAAUUGCAGGUGUAAGGGGGAGGAGUCUUAGGUCAGGGAGGGGCCUGAGCACAGGAGCAUUGAGAGGGCUACUGGCCCAGGUGGACAGGAAGCAGAGGAAGACAGGAGUCAUGGGAGGGCAAGGCCUGGCAAGUGAAGGUCAAGGAUGAGAGCGGGGGGCAUGCGGGAUGCCCCAGGAGCUGAGGCCCCCAAGUAGGCGUGAGGCCAGGCUAGGGAACUUGGAGGAAGAUCAAAGAUCUCCACCGUGGACAGGACCCCAGGCUGCAGUGAGGGUAGGUGGCUAAGUUGGGUCCUGGUGGGGCUGUGGCCUCCAUGGGCAUCACCCAGGCCAUGGCCUCUCGAGUACCCAGGGUCCCAGGUGGGCCUUGAUCUCUGGCCCUGGAAAAGCCCUAGACUUUGGCCUUGUCUGCAGCUCAAAUCUGAAAGGGACAUUCGGGAGCUCCUAGAAGCCAGGCAGGGAAACACCAGUCACCUUCAUUGCCUGGGUGUCUCCUAAGUCAGUGACUGUGGCCCUGACGCAUCAUGGGAGGAAGAGUCCUGAGUCAGGCCUACCCACAGGACUUGAGCUUCCGGUUAUCUGCGGUGCUCCUGCACUGUCUGUCACCUUCCCUGCCCUAGGCUGGGCCAAAAGUUCCAAGAUCACUGACUGGCUCAACUGUACGGCCUCCUGGGCCGACCCUAAGGACCAUGCGUUUGGACACCUCGUCCCAGCCGGUCUCCCUCUCCACUUGACUCUUGGUACCUGGCAUCUGUGCCUUUGCCACCACAGGCCUGCCUGUGGCAUCAGGGCAAGCAGUGUCUGUGGUCGGGAGCUGCCGAGUAUCUGUUCAGAGAGAAGGCUGAAGGCUGUCACAUGGAUCCAGCCUCUGUCGAAAUAAAGACCGGCCUUCACACA